AUGCCUGAGUUGACAUCUUCUGUUCAAGUCUUAUAUCAAACUUCUACACUCAAAGAAGUCAAUCAAAAUACUAUGGCCGCACCUGUAGGAAUUCUACGCAACGUUAAGGCUAGAGAAACAUUACUUCAUGAACAUGUAAUAAAAUCCGGAUAUCUUAAUAAAAAGCAAGAAAGACGAAAAAAUUGGAAACGUAGAUGGUUUGUGCUAAGAUCGACUAAAUUAGCAUAUUAUAAGAGCGAUAAGGAAUAUGAACUUCUUAAAAUUUUGGAUAUGAACGAUGUUCAUUCUGCUGCGGAAGUUAAACUUAAGAAUAAGUUAAAUGUAUUUUACAUUGUUACAUCUAAACGUACAUAUUACGUUCAGGCUACAAGUAAAAAAGAGCUUGAUGAAUGGGUGGAAGCAAUAAACAAAGUUAAGAAAGUGCAAGAAGAACAACUUUUACAUGAGGAUACAGGAAGUCAAGCCGAUAGUGAAGAUAUGUCAGAGAAGACUCCUUCCGUGAUGCGAAUUUCUACUCAGUUGCCUACUCAAAAAGUUAAAUCACCUUUGUCCGGGUCAACUUCUCCAGUCUUGAACAAUUCCCUAACAUCUCCAGAAAAAGCGACAGCUGCUAUUGAUAUUCCUCCGAGAAAUCAACUUCAAACUUCUGAUUAUAACGCAGAAGGAGGUCAUUCUUUCGCAUCAGCUUCAUCAUAUACCUCAGCAGGAUCAAUUCCUAAUGUGUCUUCUUCCCCUUCAAGUCCAGUUGCGGGACAAUAUGCAAAAGAUAGUAGUGAUCCUACGGCUAGUUCUGAAGACGAAGACGCAUAUGAGGAUAUGGUCGACGAAUUAGAUGAUGGCCGUAUAAUUCACAAAGGAUUUGUAUACAAAUUAGAUCGAUAUAAGAAAAUUUGGAAGAAAAGGUGGUUUGUAUUGAAGAAUGAUCGACUGUUCUAUUACAAGAACCCUAAGCCUCAUCAAAAUAUUAAUCUUGCAGACAUUCUUGAUGUAAUUGAAGCAGAUCCGAUUUCUAAAUCUAAACAAAAUUGCUUCAAAGUAAUCACACCAAAACGUACAUAUAUUUGUUGUGUUAGUAGUGAAGAAUCUCAGGUUGCAUGGUUGGCAGCCCUUCAAGUAGCUCUUAGUAAGAAAAAGGAAAAACAAAAAGAAACUGAAUCGAGCUAA